AAUCCUCCUUACCACUCACAAUCUUCUCUCCUCUGCACCUUCCUUCCUUCACACUUUUUUCUGACUCGAGAUAUUUGCUUUCAUUCCUAAUCAAUCGUUUCCUCAGUUGUUGACCCGGCGACAUUAACUAAACUUGGACGAUGCUGGAAGGCAAAGCAGUGGUUGGGGAGACCGACAUGCUCCAGAAGAUGCAACAGGAUGCUCUCCAUCUCGCCGCAGAGGCCCUGGAUUCCUUCGACGUCACCGAGCCCACUGAAAUCGCCCGUUUCAUCAAGAAGCAGGAAUUCGACAGAGUAUAUGGACCAGGGUGGCAGUGCAUAGUGGGAACCGAUUUCGGGUCCUUCGUGACGCAUUGCUUCGGGUGUUUCAUCCAUUUCCAGAUCGGCAGCCUCGCCAUUCUGCUCUUCAGGGGAUCCGCCGGCCCUGAAAACCCCGCCGCCGAUAAAGACCAUGACUUUGCAGUCAAGUCCUGAUUAUAUAUAUACCCUUCUUCAGUUCUGAUUUCCCCUGUGACGAUCCAUUAAUGGGAUAUUACUGAAUCCGGCCAGGAAUGUGCAUUUGUCUUCGUACGAAAUGGAGAUCGAGAACCUUGUAGUAACGUUGUCGGCGGAUGCAAUUCAAACAGAAAAAGCACUGAAAAAGAAUUAAUGGCUAUCAAGAAAUCAAAUACAGAAGCAUUUAUCAUAUGCACCAGAGGAUUCAUGAACUUGGUCUAGCUUCAUGAGCCACACACGUUAGCUAAGUUGUCAUAUCGGCUUGUAUCGUUAAGUCAGUUUGGUAAUAAGCGGGAUACAUUUGGUUUAUAUGCCGGUUUUAACAAAUUACACGAGAAAG